AUGAAGUGGAACUAUGCAAACUCGGUCAUCUACAACCCUAUUCUUGCUUUGGUCAAAGUCUCGUUCCUGAUGACGCUCAUCAAACUCCGAUCGCAAAACAAGUGGAUAAAUCGUUGUCUAUGGGGAACACUCAUCAUCAAUGGUUGUUUCGCCAUUGCUGCACCUCUCGCUUGUAUCUUCCAAUGCAACCCGAUAUCCAAAUACUGGGAUGCUAGUAUACAAGGGCGAUGCGUUGACGCUGGCGCCUACACGGUCAGCACGUCGUCGAUUGUGCUCACAACCGACGUUCUGGUCCUGCUUAUGCCUUCAUGGAUUCUGCACGACCUGAAGAUGCCACUUGGUCGUAAGCUCAUGGUCAUUGCUUUCUUAUCGUUUGGAGUUCUCGUCACCGUGGUUGGUGUGGUGCGUACGAGUGUUCUCGUCAAGGUGUUUGUCCUGGAACAAUUCAAGGCCGAUCCGACAUACGAAGUUGGCUACACCCUCUCGAACAUCGAGUCUGGUCUUGCGAUCAUUGGAACUUGCGGCCCAACGAUCAAAUAUCUUCUCAGUUGCUGCAUCCCUUCACUCAAGAACGCAGACGAAUCGAGCAAUCGCCAAUAUAUCUACCCUACUGUCGGCUCUCAAGGAGACGCUCGUUCGAAACGCUUCACGAGAAACACGAAGACCCACAACACGGUCAGAGAAAUGGACGAGAUGGAACUGACCAGUAUGUCUGGCGAAGACAAAAGAGCCUCGACAAAGGGUACACAACGUGGAGAUGCGAUGAUGAUUACGAAGACGGUCGCGUGGACAGUGGAUAAUGGCCAGGAUAAAGACUCGAAUAGCACCAACGGCGAACAGAUGCCACGCGGUAUGCUAUGA